GAGUUAGGUGACAAAUCCCGCGAGCGCAGACCCGGGGCUGGCUCUGCGGCUCUCGCGAUAUUUGCGGGAGCCUGCUUCCUUCUUUCCUCGCUUGCCAGUCCGCCUGUCUUCCUCCCCUUCUUCCCUGCCCGGCCUCCCCCUCCUUCCCCCGCUGGCCCCCUCCCCGGAGGGAUAAUAUGGUCUCCGGCGAUGGACGCCCCAAAAGCAGGAUACGCCUUUGAGUACCUUAUUGAAACAUUAAAUGACAGUUCACAUAAGAAGUUCUUCGAUGUAUCUAAACUUGGAGGCACCAAGUAUGAUGUUCUGCCUUACUCAAUACGGGUCUUGUUGGAAGCUGCUGUACGAAAUUGUGAUGGCUUUUUAAUGAAGAAGGAAGAUGUUAUGAACAUUUUAGACUGGAAAACCAAACAAAGCAAUGUUGAAGUGCCCUUUUUCCCUGCCCGUGUUCUUCUUCAAGAUUUUACUGGAAUACCAGCAAUGGUGGAUUUUGCUGCUAUGAGGGAGGCAGUGAAAACUCUUGGAGGUGAUCCUAAGAAAGUCCAUCCUGCUUGUCCGACAGAUCUUACAGUUGACCAUUCUUUACAGAUUGACUUCAGUAAAUGUGCAAUACAGAAUGCACCAAAUCCUGGAGGUGGUGACCUGCAGAAAGCAGGAAAGCUCUCUCCACUUAAAGUGCAGCCUAAGAAGCUUCCCUGCAGAGGCCAGACUACCUGCCGAGGAUCUUGUGAUUCUGGAGAACUAGGCCGAAACUCAGGAACAUUUUCUUCGCAGAUUGAGAAUACACCCAUCCUGUGUCCUUUUCAUUUGCAACCAGUGCCUGAACCUGAAACAGUGUUAAAAAAUCAAGAAGUAGAAUUCGGCAGAAAUCGAGAGAGGCUUCAGUUUUUUAAGUGGAGUUCAAGAGUUUUUAAGAAUGUGGCAGUAAUCCCUCCUGGAACUGGAAUGGCUCAUCAAGUAAACUUAGAAUAUUUGUCAAGAGUGGUUUUUGAAGAAAAGGACCUCCUCUUCCCAGACAGUGUAGUCGGCACAGAUUCACACAUAACGAUGGUGAAUGGUUUAGGGAUUCUGGGGUGGGGGGUUGGAGGCAUUGAAACAGAAGCAGUUAUGCUUGGUCUGCCAGUUUCUCUUACUUUACCAGAGGUGGUUGGAUGUGAGUUAACUGGGUCAUCAAACCCUUUUGUUACAUCCAUAGAUGUUGUUCUUGGUAUUACAAAGCACCUCAGGCAAGUAGGAGUGGCUGGAAAGUUUGUUGAGUUUUUUGGAAGUGGAGUUUCACAAUUAUCUAUAGUUGAUCGAACUACAAUAGCAAACAUGUGUCCGGAAUAUGGUGCUAUCCUCAGCUUUUUCCCUGUUGACAAUGUGACAUUAAAACAUUUAGAACAUACAGGUUUUAGCAAAGCCAAACUCGAAUCAAUGGAAACAUACCUUAAAGCUGUGAAAUUGUUUCGAAAUGACCAGAAUUCUUCAGGAGAACCUGAAUACUCCCAGGUGAUCCAGAUUAAUCUGAAUUCAAUAGUUCCAUCUGUUAGUGGGCCAAAAAGACCUCAGGAUAGAGUUGCUGUGACAGAUAUGAAAAGCGAUUUCCAGGCUUGCUUAAAUGAAAAGGUUGGAUUUAAAGGCUUCCAAAUUGCAGCUGAAAAACAAAAGGAUAUUGUCUCCAUUCAUUAUGAAGGAAGUGAAUAUAAGCUGUCUCAUGGAUCAGUGGUCAUUGCUGCAGUUAUCAGUUGUACCAAUAAUUGCAAUCCAUCUGUCAUGCUUGCUGCAGGUCUUUUGGCUAAAAAGGCUGUUGAAGCUGGUCUGCGUGUUAAACCUUAUAUAAGAACAAGUUUAUCUCCAGGCAGUGGGAUGGUUACACAUUACCUCAGUUCAAGUGGAGUAUUACCAUAUCUCAGUAAGCUUGGAUUUGAAAUCGUUGGCUAUGGAUGUUCAACUUGUGUGGGAAAUACAGCACCUUUAUCAGACGCAGUUUUAAAUGCAGUAAAACAGGGUGAUUUGGUUACCUGUGGAAUUUUAUCUGGAAACAAAAAUUUUGAAGGUCGUCUUUGUGAUUGUGUUCGUGCCAAUUAUCUUGCCUCUCCACCCUUAGUGGUAGCUUAUGCCAUAGCAGGCACAGUGAAUAUAGAUUUCCAGACAGAACCUUUAGGUACUGACCCCACCGGCAAGAACAUUUACCUGCAUGAUAUUUGGCCUAGUCGAGAAGAAGUUCAUCGAGUAGAAGAAGAACAUGUUAUACUCUCCAUGUUUAAAGCAUUAAAAGAUAAAAUAGAAAUGGGGAAUAAACGGUGGAAUUCCUUAGAAGCACCGGAUUCAGUUUUGUUUCCCUGGGACUUAAAGUCUACUUAUAUCAGAUGCCCUUCAUUUUUUGAUAAACUUACCAAAGAGCCAGUUGCACUCCAGGCUAUUGAAAAUGCCCAUGUCUUAUUAUAUUUGGGAGACUCUGUCACAACAGAUCAUAUAUCACCUGCAGGAAGUAUCGCUAGGAAUAGUGCUGCCGCUAAGUAUUUGACAAACAGAGGCCUUACCCCUCGUGAAUUCAACUCUUACGGAGCUCGAAGAGGUAAUGAUGCUGUAAUGACAAGAGGCACUUUUGCAAAUAUCAAGCUUUUUAAUAAGUUUAUUGGAAAACCAGCUCCUAAAACAAUUCAUUUUCCAUCAGGACAGACGCUAGAUGUAUUUGAGGCUGCAGAACUGUACCAGAAAGAAGGUAUCCCACUGAUUAUUUUAGCAGGAAAGAAAUAUGGUUCAGGAAACUCCAGAGACUGGGCUGCCAAAGGACCGUAUUUACUGGGUGUGAAAGCUGUUUUGGCUGAAAGUUAUGAAAAAAUACACAAAGAUCAUUUGAUUGGAAUUGGCAUAGCUCCACUUCAGUUCCUUCCAGGAGAAAAUGCAGAUUCCUUGGGCCUCUCCGGUAGAGAAACAUUUUCUUUAACAUUUCCUGAAGAACUAUCUCCUGGAAUUACAUUGAAUAUACAGACAAGCACUGGAAAAGUAUUCAGCGUGAUUGCUUCAUUUGAAGAUGAUGUGGAAAUAACAUUAUACAAACAUGGAGGAUUGUUAAACUUUGUGGCACGAAAAUUCUCAUAGUAUCUACUUACCAUGGAUACCUUUCAUAACUGGUAACUGCAAAGCCUUUUGUGCUGGACCCAGGAAUCCUUACCAUGGAGCAGCAGAUAGUCCCAGUAAUACUCACUUAUCUCAUCCAUGGAUGUAAAUGAUGAUGAAUCAACAUAGUAACUGAAAUGAAAUCUUCUUGAUUUUAAAUAAUAUACGAAUGGUGCUAUUAACAUUGCUAAAAUCAACGUGUGAAGUGUGUUGUGGAAGAGACCUGUAAGUAUGGGGGGGCGAUAUUUUAUCAGACCAUUUUGUAAAUAAAGGCAGAAUUUGUGUUGAAGAUUCUUAUAUGAGUAACCUUCCUGGAUUUGUUUAGUUUUGCACCAAUAAAACUGUGUACUACUGUUUGUUGGUUUAAGAGUAGCAGAUUGAAAUAUAAGAAGCCCGAUUAGACUCUAAAAUUGUGGUCAUUGGAAUCUCAUUUAUAAAUGGACCUUUUAAGUAUAUUAAUUCCUCUUCAGAAUUGAGCUGGACACAUUUGGCAUUCUUAGUUUGUCAUAUAACCAGGUUUAUCCUUAGUCUAACUGCAAAGGAUAGAACCUGCCCCAGGUCACAAUCAUUCUGUCCAAUCCAGCACAUUUGGCAUUCUUAGUUUGUCAUAUAACCAGGUUUAUCCUUAGUCUAACUGCAAGGGAUAGAACCUGCCCCAGGUCACAAUCAUUCUGUCCAAUCCAGCCAAGGUUCCCUCCACGUAUGAAGAUGGACCAUGGCAAGAUACAACUGAUUGUGUGGCACCAUGUAUUAGCAGUGGAAAUAUGUAUCACAUAUGAUGCAGCCUUUAAUGUUUCAGCAGUUUGCCACUGUGACUAUCUGGCAAGCCCCAGAUGGCAUUAUAUUAAUUGGAUUAGAUUAUUUUGCUCACCUUAUAUAAUACUGUAACUUCCUAUAACCUAAUAUUUUCGGUAUCAUUAACCAAAAUUUCACACUCAUAGUUGCUAAAGAGAAUGUUAUUCAAUCAUUAAACUCUGAACUGAUUUCUUCUAUACAUUUAAAUUAUCCACCCUCAAUUAUAUGGGUGCUCAACCCUAUGCAUUUUUUAAGUGUUGCUAUUUCUUAAUUAAAUUGAUUUCCUGUCAUUUUGAAUCAUUUAUCACCUGCGAUGCAUGAUUCUAUUAAUUUUGUUAUGUUACUGUUUUAACCAAAGCUGACUGUAAGGAUAAAACACUUAAGUUGUUGCUGAGUACUAUAUAUCCUCAAUAUGCAUGUCUGCCCAUCACAUCAAAUGUUCUGUCAACAAGAUGUUUGGCAAUUUUUUUAAAAAAGGUUGGAAAAUUAAUUAUAGAAGGUUCUAUACCGUUUUUUAAUUAAGAAACUAAAUCUAGCAGGCUAAAGGUUAAUUGUAGUGAUUUUUUUUCAUAUAGAUACCUUUCUAUGACCUAGUCAGUUACUGCAAUUCAGAAUUAGUUCACAUUGCAUAAAGAAUUACUUGUUUUAAGCAAAAUGCUGAAACUACCAAACCAGUGGAUGAAGACCACUAAGAACUUUGCACAUAAUCAUACAAUCUUUUGAAAAUAUUUUGCAAAUAUGUGUUUAGACAAUAAGAUGGACUAGAGUUUGACAAAAUGAUUUCUUUAUUUAAAUUUUGUAUAAGUAUUUUCUUUGACACUUUCAAAUUAUAUUGUGUUCUUGAUAUAUGCUGUAUAUUUAUUUGUCAGUGCAUGUGUUUUUAAUUUACAUGAAAACAUGAGUUAGGAGAAAUUACAGGUUGAAAGAUGAAAUGCCUGUAUGUGCUCUGAAGAAAUGGUAAUUCCAGAUUGUGCAGGGGGAAACAAAUCUAUUUUGUUUUGUUUUGUUUUGUUUUGUUUUUUGUUUUUUGAGACAGAACCUUGCCCUGUCGCUGGGCUGGAGUGCAAUGGCGCAAUCUUGGCUCACUGCAACCUCCACCUCCCAGGUUCAAGCGAUUCUCCUGCCUCAGCCUCCCGAGUAGCUGGGACUACAGGUGUGCGCCACCACGCCCAGCUAAUUUUUGUAGUUUUAGUAGAGACGGGGUUUCACCAUGUUGGCCAGAUGAUCUGAAUCUCUUGACCUCGUGAUCCACCCGCCUCGGCAUCCCCAAGUGCUGGGAUUAACAGACGUGAGCCACCGCACCCGGCCUAUAUUGUUUUGAAAGCAUACUCUAUAUAUAGUUAUGGGCAGAGGCACAGGCAUCCUCAGCAGCUGAUUCAGGAGAUGGUAAAGCUAGCUAACUAUGAAUUAAACAUUCACAUAUCCAGUCUACCUGGUCCAGUAAUAAUACAAGCAAAUUUUGUAUUUCAGGAACAAAUCAAGGUUCUCUUAAUUUUUUGGCUUAUAUACAAUGAAGUGAAAACUUGAUAAACAUGGUUUCAAAUUGAGGAGGAGAGUCUUGGAUGUAUGUUUUAAUAUGUAUACCUUAUAAUUCUGCCUCUAGCCAAAUGCUAUGUUUGCAAAAUGUGGCAUCUGUUAGUUUUUAUUGUAUCUUCUUUGUUGACUAUACCUGGGUAAUUUUGUGUUACCAAAAAAAAAAAAAAAAAAAAAAAAAAAGAAGUGUAAUGUCAGACACACAAGAAAAGCAAAUCAGUGUUGUAAGCUUAAAGUACAAUUUCAAAGGUCAUUACCAACAGCAGGGUUUUUUUUAUACUUUAAAAACAUUAUGCUACAUAUCAUUGCCAUUUUCAUAUUUUGGGGUUUUGCUACUCUUAUACAAUGGAAUCAAUGAAAAUGUCAUCCAGCCACUGAAUUGUCAUUAUUAUAUCUAAAAAGUUUCUAAGAUGACAGUGAUCACUAUUUUGUUUUAUCUCCAUGCCGACAUUUGAAAGAAGGUACUAGUAUCCCUCUAGCCAGAUUGCUUAGUCUUUCGUUGGUAAUCAAACAGCAGUUGUACUAAAGGAAAGUAAAGCUAGAACCUAAAUCAGAAUCAUAGUUGCCUGCAUAUAUGGUAACAAGGUUGUGUGCAUUUGCUUUCACAGUGAUGAGUGAGAGGAUGAGAAGAAAUUAUUUGACAUUUUUCUGUGGUUGAAUAGAAGACACCUUUCUUUUGUCUUUAGGUUUAGGAGAAGAUACUAAGAUACUGGAUGUUUAUCCUAUCUUAGUUUGGUUGGAGUAAUAAGAGAGAAGAAGAGGGUGGACUUUGGCUUUUUCAGUGUUUUUUCCCCUAAAGAGUGAUAUUGCUGAUGUUUCUAUCAAUUUUACACAUAAUAUGUGGCUAUGAAACCAUAUAUCUCACUGAAGUAACAGACAAAGUAAUCACUUUGUCUAUCACUAAGUAAUAGACAAAAAUAAUUGUCUAUUAUUUAAAGCCAACAAAACAGUAUAACAGUUUUAAGUUCAAUAAUGUUAAGUAUUGUAUAGAAAUAUAUUGGAGGCAAAGUUCAGUUGAUGACAAUUGUGUAUAUGUUACUGAUGCUGUAAAUUAUUUUUAAUAAAGAAAAUUGUAUUAUCA